AUGAUGAUUGGCCAGCUGCUUGAGUUGGGUAGAUGUGGUGGUGAUUUGUACCAUGCCAGCUCAAGUAAUGGGGUGCUGUCAGAGAGGCAUGUUGAUAUGGAGUCCCAAGGAGGCUCAACCAAUGGGCUGCUAGAGGAGGGAGUCAGUGCCAAUGACUCCCAUACUGGCUCUAUCAAAGGUGAUCUGGGCAAACCAGAGGACUGGAAGGAGGGUUCUGUUCUGGUUCAUCACCAGACUGGUGCAUUCACCACAUCACUCAAGCACCCACCACCUGCACACCAAAGCUUUAACAGCACUAUGUCUACUGCCAACACCAGCACCUUCAUCCCAGCACAAUUGACUGACAACAUCCAACCAGUCAUCACCACUGAAAAUGCCAAGUGGAUGGUCGAGGAGGCUGCCAGGGUUACAAUGCAGGCACUGAGAGGACUUCAGGGCCAGGACACUAAGCACUGGGGCAAAGUGGCUCAGCUUGUGUGGGCCCAGCUGCCUAAGUCUCACCCAUAUUACAAGGUCAUGGAGGAGCUUACCAGGCCUUCAUCAAGGGCCAAGCACCAGGCACAGCCAGUGGAUAAGGGGAAGGGGAAAGAGUUGGGUACAGAUGAGGCUCAAAGGAUUCAGCUUCUGGAAACCAUGGCUAGGACCACUGGAGUUGCAAUGCAGAAGCCAGGAAAUGAGGAGGAUCAGAACAGGGAGAAGGCACAGGGCUGUAGCCAGUCAAGACAUGGCUGGCCAGCAGCCAAGCCUGUUGAUGCCAGUGAUCAGACCAGUAGAGGCCAGAGCUGGUCAAGGAGACCAAUGAAGAAGGUGAAACCAGCAGUUGAUGAGGAUGUGCAGGACCAGCAAGACAUCAACAACCCUCCUGAGUCCUGGGAGGUAGUGCUGGAAACUGAGUGCCAAAUGUCAAAGGGCACCAAGCCAAAAUCAAUCUGCCAGUCCAUCCAAAGUAACAAGCCAUCAUUUGUCCCCUGGCCCAUGGACUGGCUGCCCCAUGGAAAUUAUUACUCCAUCAUGGCUAUCCUGUAUUGGGAAGAGGUUACCAUCCUCAAGCAGGAGAAUGCUGACAUGAGGCAGGAGAUAGAAGUAACCCAUACUGAGCUUGCUGCUCUCCAUCAGGUGUACCUCACAUGCUGGUCAUGGUGGAACUUGGCACUGCAACCAGUGUUGUUGAGGUUCAAUCAUCCCAAAGUGGCUCAAGACAGGAGUCCACUGAACCCCCCCCCCCCAGCUUCAUUCAAGGGAGGUGCCAGCUUGGAAGUGCCUCCUUUGAAUGUUGAAGCUGUGCAUGGACCUGCUGGAGGUCUGGCAAUCUCUAUUACUCCACCACCACCAGCAGUUGGAUCAGUGCCUGGACAUGAAGGUAGGAUGGAGGUUGACUAA